CUUGCUCAUCUCUCUCUCUCUCUCUGUGGUACGUAUCACAAAAUAUCCCCUUUUAUUAAUUCAUUGUUUUCUUUUUCUCGUUAUCUACAGUACGUCUUCUCAAUAUAUAUAUAUAGUUUAUUUAAGUAGUAUAUUCCUGGGAAAAGUAGAAUAAUAUAUAAAAUUUAAUGGUAUCAUUCUAUUAAUUUCGACAUGAUGCAAAUAUUUUAUAUCUGGCAUAUCAUAUUGCCAUAACUUUAAUAGUGUAAGAAUGAAAAAAAAAAACAAUAUUGCAUGCAUAUCUCGACUGUUUAAAAAAAAUAUAAGACAUCACCUUUUAUUAGAUAAAUUUCUUACUGUUUUUACUUUUUAGAUAGGAGACUACGUCAAAGUGAUCAUUAAUAAAGAAGAAAGAAGAAAAUGGUAGUGACUACUAUGCUGAACUACUACUUGUUUGUUAUCAUAAUAUGGUUCUUAAUGACAACAUCGUCAACAGUACUAGCUGUAUUUGUCAAACCUGGUUGUCCAGAAAAGUGCGGAAACAUAAAUAUCCCAUUCCCAUUCGGAAUUGGAUCGUCCAAUUGUUAUUUUGACAAAUGGUUCGAAAUCUCCUGCCACAACUCUAUGCCUUUCCUCAAACACAUUCAACUACAGGUACUUAACAUUUCGUUAUAUGAUAAUGACGACUAUAGACCCCAAUGGGUUCAGGUGAGAAGCCCCAUCAGUUUCUUCAACUGUGCAAAUAAGACAAGCAAAAAAUCAGCAAAUUUAACAGGAAGCCCCUUCUACUAUUCUUAUUACAAUGACUUCGUUGCAGUAAGUUGUGGUCUUGUUGCCAAGUACGAAAUAAGGAGAGGUAUCAGGGUCCUCCAGGAUGGGUGCACUAGCAGCAGUUCCACCUGCUCAUCAUCAUCAUCCAAUAGUAUUGAUUUUAGUAAUUGCGAUGGUGUUAAAUGUUGUCGUACUUGCGUCAACACUAUCGGUGGAUAUCGUUGUAGUUAUAAGCGCAAAUUUAUCUUUAUAGGUGUAGGAGCUGGGUUUCCUCCUGGAGCAUUAAUUCUAGUUUUUGGCAUGUGGAGAUUACACAAAUUCAUAAAGAAAAGAAAAGCAGUUCAAUAGAAGAAAGCAUUUUUCAAAGGUCUUUUGUUGGAACAACAAAUGCAAACAAGUGAAAACAAUGUUGAACAAACCAAGUUGUUUGAUUUAAAAGAGUUAGAGAAGGCAACUAAUUAUUUUAGUAUGGAUAGAAUUCUUGGCCAAGGAGGUCAAGGAACUGUGUACAAAGGUAUGUUGGAAGAUGGAAAGAUUGUUGCUAUAAAGAAGUCUAAAAUAAUUGAUGAAGCCAAACUUUCUCAAUUCAUUAAUGAGGUUGUCAUUCUUACGCAAAUCAAUCAUAGAAAUGUUGUUAAGUUAUUGGGAUGUUGUUUGGAGACAGAUCUUCCACUUCUAGUUUAUGAAUUCAUACCAAACGGGACACUUUCUGAGUUUAUUCAUCAGAGAAAUAUGGAGUUUCCUUUUACAUGGAGCAUGCGAUUGCGAAUUGCAACUGAAGUUGCAGGAGCUCUUUCAUACUUACAUUCAGGGGCUUCUUUUCCAAUUUAUCAUCGAGAUGUUAAGUCUACAAACAUACUCCUAGAUGAAAAAUUGAGAGCAAAAGUUGCAGAUUUUGGUACAUCAAGAACUAUUUCCUUAGAGCAAACUCACUUGACCACUUUAGGUUAUGGCACAUUUGGUUAUCUAGAUCCAGAAUAUUUUCAAUUAAGCCAAUUUACAGAUAAGAGUGAUGUUUAUAGUUUUGGAGUGAUUCUUGUCGAGCUCUUGACUGGACAAAAAGUAAUAUCUGCAACAAGGUCUGAAGAAGGAAAAAGUUUGGCGACAUAUUUCAAAAUGACAAUGAAGGAAAACAGUCUUUUUGACAUUCUUCAUGGUCAAGUUCUCAAAGAUGCGCCAAAAAAAGAGAUCAUAGUUGUUGCUGAUCUUGCACAGAGAUGCUUACAUUUGAGCGGAAGGAAUCGACCUACCAUGAAAGAAGUAGCAAAGGAGCUAGAGAGGAUACAAGUCAUUGAUAAUAAAGAUUCAAAGGGUAGUCAACAUGAUUAUGUAGAGUUAGCAUAUGCACAACCUGAAAUUGCAGACUCUUGGACUAAUUCCACAUCGUCAAUAGAGUUAACUUUUGAUAGUGCUGCUACUAGCUUCUCGUUGCAUCAAGAAUUAUCAUUGUUGUAAGGGUGAACAAAUAUAGUAAUAUCCUUUUUGUACAUAGUACUCUUCACUUAUUUUUUUCUAUCUUAAAUUUGAGAGAUCAAUUAUAUAUUGUGGUUUACUUUAUUGGUUAAUAUUGUUAACUUUGGUUUCAUCUGAUUAU